AUGCCGCGUUUGGUUUUGAUUCGCCACGGCGUUACGGAGUGGUCCAAGUGUGGUAAGCACACAGGACGCACCGAUCUCCCAUUGCUGGAAGAAGGCAUGGCAGAAGCGUCGCAAUUUGGCGACCAGCUCGUUGGGUUUUCUAAUGACGCCAUUCUUUGUCCCUCCCGCAUCGGACAUAUCCUUCGGAGUCCGCGCCAACGGUGCGCACAGACACUGGAAUGUGUACUGGGGAAUGACAAGCAGCGGCAGCUCUUAGGCCUUCCCGAUGUUAAGGUGUUGGACGACUGCCGUGAGUGGGAUUAUGGGGCGUAUGAAGGAAUUACUACAGUGCACAUUCGACAAAGUGUGCCGGAAUGGAACAUCUAUGAACAUGGCACACCAGAUCACGAGACAGACCCCAACCUACCAGGCGAAUCUCCUCAGCAGAUUAGUGAACGUGCAGAUCGCGUCGUACGUUGUAUUCGUGCGAUGCACCAAAGUACACGGAAGGAUGUCGUUCUAUUCACACAUGGCCAUUUUAGUAGCGUUCUGAUCGGUCGCUUCUUGGGUCUCUCUAUGCAUCUGUCGAAGGCUGUCACCAUGGGCACCACCGGCACAGCCAUUUUGACUUACACACACCAUACGUUCAAUGAACCGGUCCUUGGUGGUCUCCUGUCGCCCAACUUUGAUGUGCAAUCCAACAGCGUCGCUGUGCGAGGAAAGGUCCAUGAAGAGUACCAGUAUCUUAACCUCGUGUCAUCCAUCAUCCGUCACGGAGAAAUACGCGCCGAUCGCACAGGAACAGGCACCAUUGCUCAAUUUGCGCCUACUCGAACCCUCAAAUUCGAUCUGAGCGGCGGGAAGCUUCCUCUACUUACGACGAAACGUGUGUUUUUCCGCGGCGUUCUCGAAGAGCUUCUGUGGUUUAUCGCCGGUUGUACUGAUGCCAAACGCCUUUCUGAGCGCGAUGUGCACAUAUGGGAUGGAAAUGGCUCUCUAGAAUUCCUACAGAGACGCGGAUUGUCGCAUCGCCGCGAGGGCGAUCUAGGUCCAAUCUAUGGCUUCCAGUGGCGUCACUUUGGCGCCAAAUACAUCGACGCUGACACGGACUACACGGGGCAAGGUGUAGAUCAGCUCGCUCAGGUAAUCCACCAAAUCCGUCACAAUCCAGCAGACCGCCGCAUUUUGCUUUGUGCAUGGAACCCGGCGGACCUGGAUUCGAUGGCCUUGCCGCCAUGCCAUAUCCUUUGUCAAUUCUUCGUGUCGAUGCCCACGACGGACGCGAUGUCUAAAGGCCAACGGCCGCGUCUCAAAUGCCAGAUGUACCAGCGAUCUUGCGAUCUUGGCCUCGGUGUGCCUUUCAAUAUUGCUAGCUACAGUUUGCUCACGCACUUUAUCGCUGCCGUGACAGACUGUGAGGCGGCCGAAUUCACACUCGUGAUGGGGGAUGCACACGUCUACUUAGACCAUGUCCAUCCCCUGCAAGAACAGCUGAGACGCACGCCCCGAGCCUUCCCCACGGUUCACAUUCGUCGAAAUGUCACUUCUAUCGACGAAAUUCGUCCUGAUGAUGUGCAACUGCUUAAUUACUCUCCGCACGGCAAAAUCAACAUGCAGAUGAGUGUGUAA